AUUUCAGCCAAGUCUGUCCCCCGGGCUCCCAGUUCCUCCAGCGCCAACCCUGCUAUGCAUUACCCAAGUUCAUUCGGCUUUUUCAGACCUAAACCAGUUUUGACACUUUGACAGGAAACUUUUAUCCUUUUUUUUAAAGAACCACCCAUUCCAUCAUUUUAUCCACUUCUGCCCUUGACACGGGGUUGGAUUCGUUCCCGCAAAGGUUGUUUUUAAAACCUUUUCCUCCCUUCUAACUGAAUGUGGACUCUGAAAUAUCUGAAACUUUUACUUUUCAAUCAUUCCCAUUGAGAGAAAGCAUCUCUCCAGCUGCCUUUUUGACCGCGAUGCUGGAGGUCAUGAUUUAAAAGCUCCAAGGAAAAGAGUGGAAGCAUCGCCUGCAUCCUCUCUUUUGUCUUUGUUGCAUCUCUGCAUCUUUAAUUAUAUAACUGGGAUGUAAGAAGACACUAAACCGGUGUGGUUUGAUUUUUUCUUUUCAUCCACAAAGGAAUUAACAAUGGCGAGAUUUUUGUUGAACAUGCGUCUUGUUCUGAUUUUCUUGGGAUUAUUUUUGCUCUCUUCUCCAUCCGCAAGAUCCGAGCCGGAGCAACAGGACGAAGAGGAGGAGGAGAGCUCCUGUCAGGGCGCUUUUGACCUGUAUUUUGUGCUUGAUAAGUCCGGCAGUGUGAAGAAUCACUGGGAGGAAAUCUACUACUUUGUGGAGAAUCUAGCAGAGAAAUUCAAAAG